AUGCCGAAAACACACGACCGACUGAAUGAUCCCACGCCGUUGUGGAAAUGGCUUGAGCUGCGGAUCAAGAACCGCCGCGAAGGCAAACUACCACUGCCACUCCCGCCAAAACCAAACACACUCACCAACCCCUACACCAAGACUCUCUACACACACCCGUCUACCAGCGACACGCCUACCAAUGCAAGCGCAGGCACAGGCACGGGUGGGUGGGUGUCGUCGGAUGUACUACAUAGCCUAUCGUCCGAUGCAGAGGUGGGCUUGUUGAAGUUAAGAGAGUACAUUUCGAUCCUCAGACACAAGCUUCAGGCCGCCGGCAGUACGGUGUCGCGUCCCAACACGCCCCUGAGAAGCCUUGCGGGAGGGACAGGAUCCGCAAACACGCAGGCAACGAGCAACACAGCCACCGGAACUCGCUCCAAGACUCCGUCCACUGCUCCGUCUCUGACGGGAGUGAAUGUGGGUGGACUGCACAGCCACAACAGUACCGAACAUCCACCGGUGUAUGGCCGUAGUCCCAAUGCAUAUGCCCUGGGGGGAUGGUCUGAGUCUUUAGAGAACCUUCACGCCAGUCCUAGUCCGAGCAAAGCGCAUAUGUCGAUUAAGCUGGCGUCUAUUCCAGGGCUGGCGCUGCGUACGGCGAACCUGAAGAACCGGGUCACCAGUGCUAUGCCUGCUCACAGACCACAUGAGCACACACAAUCACACGCACAUGUACAUGCACAUGCACGUGAUGUGGAUCACCCACCGGCGCGGGGUGAUGGAGAUGGUGAUGGCCCUGGACGAGAUGGCGGGCACUCGAGCCAGUGCAAAGAUGCGACGAAUGCGGUCGAUAACGUUCAGACGGGGUUCUCUACCCAAACAAACACCGCAACAACGGAACAAAUAACGGGACAAAAACGGGAUAUGGCGGGGAGCGAUGUCAGCCUGGACUCUCUGCCGCCCGUGUUGCAUGAUAUGCACUUGAAUACACUUGCUGCACCCCCACCCACGGCCACUGAUCACCCCGUUGGAGAUUCUAAAAAUAGCCUGGUGGAUUUGGUAGGUAUGCCUUCGAGUGAGGGGACACACAGUGCUGUGUUGGGUGGGGCGGUCGAUGCGCACGUGAUCACUGACUCCCUAGACCAGGACUUUUUUACUCCGGGAGGUGGCAGCACGCUCAAUUCUAAAAAUAGCACCGAAUCCGCUAAAAAUAGAACGGGUGAGAGGACAGGGAGCGGGACAGGUCGGACAGACACCGCGGCGGACGAACGUACCGCGAGCGAAGGGGGAAUCAAUAGAAAAGAAGCCAAUCCACACACACACACACGCACACGGAAAGGUGCACGCACACGCGCAAAGAAUGCGGAUAAGGGAAAGGGCAAACAUAAACAGACACUAUGCGAAGCUCCUGUGUCGCCCUUAGUGCACGCGAAAGAAGCGUCGGUGGACACACACGUACACUCAGCGUACGCAGACACGCCCCGCCACACAGACGACACAGCACACACCUCACGCGCAUCGCAGAGGUACUCGAGUGAGGGCAGACUCUCGCGCAGUGAAAGGGCCCAUAGGUAUUCAUCGGGCGCAAGCGCCGACAGCCGCUCAGAUUUGUCGGAUUUGUCGGAUUCGGAGUCGGAUUUCGGACCGGAUAUACCUGGGGACGACCCGACGCUUAUGGACACGGAGGGAGAGAUAGUGCUAGAGAUAGACAUCAACCAGCACGCACGCACACUGGCCAAUGAGAGCGGAUUAGGAGCGAGCACUAUAGAUGGAGAACAGAUCGCCGGAGCACACGCAGAGCUUGCACGGGAACGGUUUGGUACCGGGGCGGACAGCUGCGACAUCUACCCCAUCUCAUCCAACACCAACACACACACAUACGGCCUCACCCGCCCCACCUCACACGCCAUUGCACAACCCCACGUGCGUGCGUCUACACGCGCAUACACACACGCACACACAGGCAAGCACACACACCCCACAGCCAGCAAGCAUGCGCACACACAGGCAGUGGCAGAGAAGGACAGGCGCAGGGGCAGCGCAGAUGGGACGACGGACAGAGACAGCUCACGCACAGGCGAACGGGCGAGUGGGGGCGACAGCCGACGGGUCAGUGGUGUCAAAGAGGGCCUCAGGCGAGUGGUCGAGUGCCCCGUGCGACUGCCGGUGCAGCCCUCUGCCGAUCUCGCGCGGUUUAUCAGAAAGCGACAGCUCAGGGUCUUCCCCUCUAUGGUUGACCACGACGGCCGCUUAGGCCUGCUCGCGGAACAGUCCACUCGCCUCAGCGAAACCGAAGUGGACGCCGUACGCGCAGUUAGACCCAACAUGCCCACCCCCAACACCAAUCGGUCGUCAUGGAAACCGAGAGGCACACUGAUAGCCCAUCUUUUUGAGCACAAAGGCCCCGUCAACCGCCUGGCGGUGGCGGAGGAUAAUAUGUUCUUCGCCUCGGCAUCGGAUGAUGGGACUGUGAAGAUCUGGGAUGCUGCCAGGCUGGUCAAAGCCUUUGCCUGUAAGUCAUCGCAGACAUACAGACCUCCGCCCCCGCGUGAGGGACUGAUGGGCGUGCGCCACAUCCGGUCGUUGGCCAUGUGCGAGUCGUCUCGGUCGAUAGCCUGUGUGUCUGUGAGUCCUGACUCAGGUGCCAGCAGCAUACACGUCUUCAAGGUGGGGCUGGAGAGCGCAGCCGAGCGCACGGGCCAAGGGAGUGAAGCUACGCAUUCAAAAUACGCACACCCAGAGACCAUGUACUCAGUGGACAUCGAUGAGUUUGAUGAGGGCGCCGUGACUGAGGUGGCGCAUGUGUACGCCAACGGAUGCUCACUGCUAGUGUAUAUCACUGUGCGUGGGUGUGUUUAUGCGGUGGACCUCAGGACCAACCAGACUGUGUGGAAGAUCCGCUUGGACCCUUCAGUGGGGCUUGUAACAGCCUUCCUCAUUGACCAAACGCGGUGCUGGAUGGUCGUGGGAACGUCUAAGGGCGCGUUGGUUGUGUGUGACAUCCGCUUUCGUGUGGCUGUCACCACGUGGUUGCAUCCCGGAGGCUAUCCAGUGACGCGCAUUAUACGCGCCGAUUACCUCCCAGACACUCAGCUGUUUAUUGCGUGUGGGCCGUGGGUGACUGUGUGGGACAUUGAAACCCGCAAGUGUCUGCGGUUGCUGCGGGUGACUGACUUCGCAGGCAAUGCGUCCGAACCAAUCCCGGAUAUGAAACCCGUCCCUUUCGUCUCAGAGUACAACUCCCAGUCCAACACGGGGCACAGCGUCCGGCAGUCACCCAGCACCGACUCAUACGACCGACACGGCAGAGACCAAUACCACACCAUGCAGCAACACACUCCCACACACACGCACGCACACGCACACGCCAGCCCGUACCCAGAAACGUGCGUACCUACUUCGGUAUACACCGCCCCAACCCACACGCCACACCCCGCAGCAGCCUUCUCUGGUGUUAACAUGUGCGACUCGCCACGCACGGUGCGCGCGCUGGUGUGUCCUCCGGAGACGCCGUACAUUCUCACAGCCAGCAUGGACAGCACCAUCCGCCUGUGGAACCUGUCCAACCCCACACUCUCGUUCCACAUCUCGUCGCCAUCCAUCAACGAGAGCGAGCGACACGCACACCCCGACAGUGUCCCGGUGGGGGGGGGGCACUGCGCCCGCUCGUCGGUCGGAUAG